UCUUCUUGCAACUUGUGACAAGUGCCGACAUUUCCCUUUUGAUACGUCGAACACCAUGGCGGAGGAGAACUAUGGUAAGAUUGGCAACCUGCCGGUCAAUGAGCGGACUCUUUUUUGGCGGGGGCAAUGCGCGGCUCUAAGGUAGGGAGAGGAGGAGAGGAGAUUAGGCGGAGAUUCGAAUGCGUUUCUUGAAAGUAAACAAAAAAUAGGCUUCUUGCGAUGCUUUUCGCGAUUAGGCAGCGGGGAGCAGAUUGUGUUUAGGCGGAAGAGGAGGGGGAAAAAGAGAUGAGAGAUGAAAAGCAAAUUCCUGCGACGUUUCCCGGAACCAGGCACCGUCACAGCGAUCGCCGGGAGGAGACUGUGACUGGGGACCCUUUUUGAAGGGCGGAAGGCCUCGUUGUUCUAGCGCGAUAGCACGAUCGGUUCACCCUCCUCUUCCUCCUUCUGGCGCCUCGUCGAAUUGCAUUAUCCAUCGAAAGGGGAAUAAAAGGAGGUGAUAUCCAACUCUCUCACCCUGAUGGGAAGGUGCCCGCACGGGCUCCUUUUCCGUUUGUUAAGAAGAGAACACCGAUGAAAGCUUGGCCUGGGGAAUCGGACGGUUGAAACUUAUGCGAACGUCGGGAUCUGCAAUUCCCCUUGUUUUGUUGAAGUCGAAGCAGAGGCAGCCAGCGUCCACUUGGUGUGCUGCAGGUGAUGUUUUGGUUGGAACUCGAUCAUGGUUUGGAGGAUUUCUUUACUGCAUUGGUAAUAAACGGCAAGCUGAAGAAAAUAGAACAUUUCAUGUUGAACAGCAGGCAUCGGCUGAUACUACUACCAUGUUCUCUUGAUGAAACAAGAUUACAAAAGCUUAAGGAAUGCUUGAAUGUACCAUUUGAUGAGUGUCACGCAGAUCAUCAGGAAGCCCUCAGAGCUCUUCGGCACGCAUCCUUUCCUGAAGUAAAACUUACAGGACUCAAAUCAAAGCAAUGGAAGGACAUGGGAUGGCAAGGGCCAAAUCCAUCAACUGAUUUCAGCUGAUGGAUCUUCUGUUGUUAUGCAAAUAAGCAUAUGGCUCAUGCCGGGGUGAAUUGAUGAAAGUAACAUAAAUCUUUGUUUUGCCUUUUUCAGGGGUUGUGAAUUUGUUUUCACUUGAGAAUCUUUUUUUUUUUUUUUUGCAACGACUUAUCCGGUAGGCAAAUUAAAAAAAAAAGUCUUCUCUAUGUAUCCUUUCUUUUCUUGUAGUAGAAACAAACAAUUUGAUAUCGGUAGCCAAUGAUUUUUUACACUAGCCAUGGCCUGGGUGAUCUAGUAUCCACCAGGAUGGCACAUGGCACGGCAUGUGCCAACAUGUCGUGCCAUGCUGGUCAUGUGUGUGGUUGCAUAAUGAUGUCAUUCCCUAUGGGGGUAUGGGCACAGCACCCAGUGCGGCUCACUGGCACGUUACACAUUCCAGCAUGCUUGCGCAGGCCGUUAUGGCAAUACAUUAUUAAGACUGAUUUCUCAUUAUUCCAAGAUGAAGGCUACGAAUGAAUGAAUCACAUCAUAAGAUGACAGAUUAAAAUUAAAUAAGCUAUUAGUGGAUUGCCAAGUUCAACAACAACAGCCAUUCAUAUAAUUUGCUGUUCUAACCGGGUCGGAUCUCGAGUUCGUUGGCUCCGUCCUCCUCCGCUACCUCGCGACAUAUCCGAGCCUGUUCUAACCGGGUCAGAUUUUGAAUCUGCUGUCGCGCCAAUAAUUAGUGCAUGCCGUUGGCUCCGGCCGGCCGUGGGCGCGAGAGCGGGGAAGGAUCGAGAUCGACAGAUGGAGAGUCGUAGAGAUGAGGCGAAUAGAAACGGUUCCAACUCCAGUUCGACAUUCCCCGCCACCGCCCUCCAGAUCGAGCUCCCCCCAACUCGACGAGAUCUGCCUCACCGUCCACUUCAACAACUGGUACUUCUUCUUCGUUAAUUGUCUGUCCAUUUGUUUAUCGACAGCCCUAGGUUUGGAAUCGCGCACGCCCUUUUGCCUGGGCCUUGCACCGUGGCUCGCCGCCGAGGUGCCGCCGAUUCUUGGGGAUUUGGGGCGUUCUCAAGCACAAAGAUGACGAGGCCUCUCAUGGGUUGACUUACUUGAGCCAUCAUCAAUGGAGAGCGUUCACGAUGAGGGGUGUGUUUAGCUCGGAACCAAGGUGAGGAUCCACUAGGACAAGUUAGGAUCGCCAUUUUUAACCGAUUGAAGUUGAGGUUUGUGAUGCGGACCAGGCUGGUUGGCUGUGGAUGGAUCGUAAAAGCAAUAUCUCAAACUAACUAGCAGAUUGAGAUGCCAUGUUAAUGUACCACAAAGCAUUGAUGGAAGCAGGUUUUCGACUGCGAGGCCAUACUGAAAUUUUGAUCAUCUGCGACAUCUCCAAAUGAGUUCUUGAGCUAUUUGUCUUUUCUCAUUUGGUCAAUAUUGUUUUUGUUCAAGCAGAAAAGUAUGUGUGAGGUUGUGAAAAGACAACCUCAUUUGGAGA